ACACAAACCAACCACUAACCACCCAACUCCCUUUUUAUAAUAUUUCCAACCACAGGGAGGCAAUUGGGUAUGCUGAGACAGAGCAAAACAGGGCAGCUAAAAGAAUGCGUUAGUGCUUGGCGCUGAUUCUGCAAAUGCAACGGCGGAAUCUGAGGUCCUAUGGAGUAGUUGCCGAAGCUGAGGAGAAGGGAAGUGGGUACGGGUAUGGCUGCGUGUUCGAGAAGACGGCCAGCAUCGAGAUCUGUGCUGUUCUUCCCUUCGCUUCACGAACAAGCUUUUCAUUCUCACACCUCCUUUAGCUGAAACUCCCAGAAUCCUAAGCUCUUCGUCCACCAUACCAGCUUUAAAUGAAUGGAGAUCGAAAUACCGUUUGAAGAAUGAAGAAGAAGAGCAUCCGCAAUAAAUAUUACCGUAACACCCACUUCUCUGUUUUCCUUGAUGCGCUUCCAAUCCCACAUCAGUCGACGUCCGCGCCAUUACUGCAAGUCAAGUGUUUGAAUUAUGUUCACGCUUCGGGGUUGUAGCGGAUUAAUCAACUUCUUAAAAGGAGGAGCUACAGAGCGUGAAGCUAGGUAUAUGUGAAUAGUGGACUUAACACCAGUGGGAUAAUUUCCAAGGGAAAAUGGAAAAAUUGCAGAGAUAUUACUCUCCAAGUCAGAACAACCUCUACAGAUUCCGCACCAGACAACUAUCUAUGAAUAUCCACUUCUCUGUUGCAGCAUUGCCUUUCCUUGUACUCCUGAUCCUUCUCCCGAAGACCUUUUGCGACCUGAACUCAGACAAAGAAGCUCUCCUCAACUUUACUGCUGCUGUACCUCAUGGUCGAAAACUCAACUGGAACUCCAAUAGCCCAAUCUGCAGCUCCUGGGUUGGCAUUACUUGCAACCUUAAUGGUACUCGCGUACUUACCCUCCGGCUUCCUGCAGUUGGACUGUAUGGCCCAAUUCCUCCUAACACACUUGGGAAUCUUGAUGCUCUCACAAUCCUUAGCCUCCGAUCCAAUCGCCUCAGUGGAAGUCUCCCUGCUGAUGUACUCACCCUUCCUUCCCUCCACAAUGUAUUUCUCCAGCAUAACAACUUCUCAGGUGAUAUUCCUUCUUUUCUCUCCCCCCAGCUCAACUUGAUUGAUCUCUCCUUCAACUCCUUCACAGGAAGCAUUCCAGCCACUAUAAAUAAUUUGACAGGUCUGACAAGCUUAAGCCUCCAAAACAACUCCCUUACUGGAGCUGUUCCUGAUCUUGAACUUCCAAAGCUUACACAUCUAAACUUGAGCUACAACCAGCUUAAUGGUUCAAUUCCGUCUUCCUUCCAGAACUUUCCUGCUUCUUCUUUUGAAGGUAAUUCUAUGUUAUGUGGCCCGCCAUUGAACCAGUGCUCCUCAAUCAAUCCCUCACCUUCUCCUUCCCCAGCUUACUUGCCAUCUCCACCAGCAAUCCCUGUCAAACGAAAGAGAUCCAAUAAGAAAUUAAAUACAGUGGCUAUUAUUGCCAUUGCAGUUGGUGCUUCCACAGUGCUGUUUCUUCUAGUUUUGAUGAUACUGCUGUGCUAUUCAAAGAAAAGAGGUGAGGAAGGUGGCACAAAAAAUAGGGCCUUUGCUAGCGGACGGAAUGAGAAGCCUAAGGAGGACUUUGGAAGUGGGGUGCAAGAGGCUGAGAAGAACAAAUUGGUUUUCUUUGAAGGCUCCUCUUAUAAUUUUGAUCUAGAGGAUUUAUUGAGGGCCUCAGCUGAAGUGCUGGGAAAGGGGAGUUAUGGGACUGCCUACAAGGCCAUCUUGGAGGAGGGAACAACCGUGGUUGUGAAGAGGUUGAAAGAAGUGGUGGUGGGAAAAAAAGAGUUUGAGCAGCAGAUGGAGAUGGUGGGGAGGGUUGGUCAGCAUCCACAUGUUGUGCCCCUUCGUGCUUAUUACUACUCAAAGGAUGAGAAACUCCUGGUUUAUGACUACAUAGCAGCUGGCAGCUUGUCUGCACUGUUGCAUGGAAACAGGGACAUAGCUCCACUUGACUGGGAAUCCAGGUUAAAGAUUUCUCUUGGAACAGCUAGGGGCAUUGCCCAUAUCCAUUCUGCUGGUGGUGGAAAGUUUACUCAUGGCAACAUCAAGUCUUCCAAUGUCCUUCUCACGCAAGAUCUCAUUGGGCGCAUCUCAGAUUUUGGCCUAACUCCUCUCAUGAACUUCCCUGCUGUUCCAUCCAGAAGUGUUGGCUACCGAGCUCCUGAAGUGAUUGAAACAAAAAAAGCUACCCAAAAGUCUGAUGUUUACAGUUUUGGUGUUCUCCUCCUUGAGAUGCUGACAGGAAAAGCACCAGUCCAAUCACCAGGGCAUGACGAUGUGGUUGACCUCCCAAGAUGGGUCCAAUCAGUUGUCCGAGAGGAAUGGACAGCCGAGGUGUUUGACAUAGAACUAAUGAAGUACCAAAAUGUUGAGGAAGAAUUGGUGCAGAUGCUUCAGAUUGCAAUGACCUGUGUAUCAAAGGUGCCAGACACCAGGCCCAAGAUGGAGGAAGUGGUUAGAAUGAUCGAGGAAAUUCGACCCUCCGAUUCUGAGAAUCAAUUAUCAUCAGAAGAGAAUAAGUCCAAGGGCUCAAAUACUCAGACUCCAUGAUGAUAGUGCUCCACUUUCUACCAAUAAUCCUUUAGCUUCAUUCAGGAAGUGAGAAAUAUUACCCGCACUGUGGUGAGCUACUAACAAGAGAUUGCAUGAUCUACUCCAUGUUUGCAAGUUUCUGGCAGUAAAAUCUGUCAAAUUGUCAAAUUCUUUUAGGGUUUUAAUGUUGCAAUUUUAUUGUCUUUGCAUUGUCUUCUUGUUGCUGCUGCUGCUGGCAUGAUCCCUCAAACAAUGUUCAUCAAAAUUGUAAGUUAGCUGACAAUGUAUUUUUCGAUACUCCAUGAUUCCUCAACAAUGCUAGGGCAUAAAAUGUACUAAUGGGAAGUUGAAAUGAAUCAGAUGCACGCUAACCACUGAACCCAGCAGCACAUCACCACCUGGCUGGUUGAAAAAUCAACCACACUUGAUUACUCAACUUCAAACAUUCACUACAAAGAUGUACCGCCACUUAUAGGGCAAUGGUGCUUUUUAUAGCUGUUGAUCCUACAAAUUACAUGAGGGCACCAUUUAGGUGAAUAAACGCUGUUGUGAGAUUUCAAGCCCUUAUAAUGCUAAUGGCAAAUAAACAGUGAGCGAGACUGCCAACCAGCAGAGCUCUUUCAUCACCAAUCAGAAUUUUAAAUAAAAUAGAAUCCAAAUUCCAUAUUCAGAACUUAGAACUCAACCCUUCACAAUAAAUAGGAUGGAUCUUUGAGUUCUUAUUUCUGUGGGAAGUAUGAAUGAAUGUAGUCAGAAGCAUAUGCUUUUGAUCCAUGCUGCUGUUACUUAAAAUUUUUUGUCCGCUCAAAUGCAUUGAAAUUCAUGUCUCCACAAAAUGUAAAAAUCUCUAAAUAUGGAACAAACUAUAUAAUAUAAUAAUUACAGCAACUUCUCACAAUGACAAGUUGAGUGGCUACAUGGAGGAAAAUGCUGAAACAGGAAUAACAAAAAUCGGUGCCUUAGUAUGUUUACUGCAAUAAAACCCUGUCAAAAAUGGUAAUGUGUGAAAUCUCAGCAGUCCAUUAUCCUGCCUGCGAAUCGUUUACAGUUGCCGAUAACAUGACAAUGUUGUGAGAGGCCCCGUUUAGGGUUAGACCAAUCUAUGAUAUCCGCUUCAAAAGGAUUUCAUUAAUUCCUGCAAUGUUAUUGAACUUAGCUUUUUAAGAGCCCUUAUUGACCAAAUCAGCACCGCUCACAUACUUAGCAACAAAUGAUAUCAUUCGGAAUGGGGCACCAAUCAGUGGAGCAUCCGACAGUGGCACAGCAGCCUUUUUAUCUCUCUCAGCAGCCUGUGAUCCCAAAUCUUGAACUUCAUUCUUGUUCAAUGGGAUUGGCACAAUUUCUCCAGCCGCUGGAUUUUGCAAGAUUUCUCUGGACCCUACAGUUUCCAAAGAGUAUGGAAGUACAGCAGUAGGCUUCAUAUCGAUGUUGUUAUCAUCGAUCCUCUCAUCUUUGAUUGAAACAACACUGAGAGGCUCCAUCCUUUCGGCUGAUGGAGACAUCCUUCCCCUGGGAUCAGAAACGGAUUGAGCAAGAUCAGGAGCAACCACUUGAUUGGAUCCAGCAGCUGGCACAUUUUGUCCAUCCGGCUCAACAUACAAUUCAUUCACCU